AUGGCUUCUCGUGCUGUCACAAAGUACGAGUUUGGCGGACCCUUGGGUGCCGCCGCGAUCACAUUCGGCCUUCCUGUGCUUUUAUAUGUCUUUGCGUUUGCCUGCAACGAUGUCUCUGGCUGUCCGGCACCACCCCUUCUGAAUUUUCGCACUCUUACUUGGGAGACACUGAGGGUCGGGAUCGGAUGGCCUGAAGGCGGCCUGUGGCAUCUCGGAAGUUGGGAGGUGACUGGCGUUGUGCUGGCCUAUUAUCUCCUUAGCUUGAUUCUGUGGAGAGUUCUUCCUGCUCAAGAAGUCCAUGGCACAAAGUUGGUACAGCAUGGACGUCCGCUAAGUUAUCGACUGAAUGCAUUUUCAUCCACUCUGGUUCAUCUGGCCAUAUGUGCGGUUGGGACAUACUUCCAGGGUGCCAGCUUCUUCGUCUGGCGCUACAUAUCAGAUAAUUACGUGCAGAUCCUGACAGCGAACAUCCUAAUUGCUUAUGCAAUCUCAAUUUUCGUCUACGCCCGAAGCUUCGGUGUCAAUACGGAUUACCCUACUGCCGAGCUCCGCGAAUUAGCCGCUGGGGGUAACACUGGGAAUAUCAUUUAUGACUUUUAUAUUGGUCGCGAGCUGAAUCCGCGUAUCACAAUUCCCCUGUUCGGCGAGAUUGACAUCAAGACUUGGUUGGAGAUGCGUCCCGGGUUAACUGGAUGGAUUUUGCUUGACCUUGCAUUCAUAGCUAAACAAUAUCGCACCUACGGCUAUCUCACGGAUAGCAUCGUUUUCACAGCUGCAUUGCAAACAUUUUACGUUCUCGAUGGCCAGUACAUGGAGUCCGGCAUUUUGACCAUGAUGGAUAUCACCACGGAUGGCCUGGGGUUUAUGCUUUCGUUUGGUGACGUUGCCUGGGUGCCUUUCUUGUACUCAACUCAGUGCCGGUACCUCUCUGUCUAUCCUUCCUCCCUAGGAUGGAUUGGCGUAGGCUCUAUAAUCGCCGUGUUUACGUUGGGGCUAUAUAUAUUCCGAGCCGCCAAUACGCAGAAAAACGUCUUUCGCAGACAACCUGACCACCCAAGCGUCAGGAGUCUUUCUUACAUUCAGACCAAACGCGGAACCAGACUCCUCACGGCUGGAUGGUGGGGUAUGUCGCGUCAUAUCAAUUAUUUAGGUGACUGGCUUCAAGCUCUGCCAUUCAGUCUUCCCACGGGAUUCGCCGGAUACGCGAUUUUCCCUGCAGGAAGCGCGGCGACAACGUCUCAAGUCUUCAAAAUGCUUGAUGGACGAGAGGUUGUGCAGGAUGAGGCCACUGGCUGGGGCGUCUUUUUUACCUAUUUCUACGUGCUUUAUUUUGCUAUAUUGCUGAUGCACCGUGAACGGAGGGAUGAUGCCAUGUGUUCGGAGAAAUAUGGCGAAGACUGGGAGAAAUAUAGGAGAAUUGUGAAAUGGAGAAUUGUACCUUGGAUUUAUUAA